AGUUUCUUCUUCACAACAAAGAAAGUGUGGAAUUGAAAAUCCUGUAAUAGCCAUGGCUCUCAUCCCAAACAUCUUCGGUAGUCGACGAAGCAACGUGUACGAUCCUUUGUUUGAGGAUAUAUUUGACCCUUGGGGAGGGUUCCCCUUGGCUUCGUUGGGUGGAGAAGGCAAUGCCAUGGUCAACACUCGCGUGGAUUGGAAAGAGAGUGCAGAGGCUCACGUGUUCAGCGUGGAUCUUCCUGGGUUGAAGAAGGAGGAGGUGAAGGUGGAAGUGGAAGAUGGGAGGGUGCUGCAGAUUAGUGGAGAGAGAAGCAGAGAGAAGGAAGAGAAGGAUGAUAAGUGGCACCGCGUUGAGAGAAGCUCUGGGAAGUUCGUGAGGAGGUUCAGGCUUCCCGAGAAUGCAAAAAUGGAAGAGAUCAAGGCUGCUAUGGAAAAUGGGGUGCUCACUGUUACUGUACCUAAAGAGGAAGAGAACAAACCUCAGAUGAAGUCGAUUCAAAUCUCUGGCUAGAUCUAUGUCUCUUUCUUCUAUAUUCUGUGUUCUGUUUGUGUUCCUAUGUAUCAUCAUGCAUUGCAGUUAUGUGAAGUUCUAAUGUUGUGGUUGUGAUGUUUUCCGUUACAUGUUUCAAUUAACUGUCACUUUUGAAGAAGAAUUUUCAAUAAAAGGUUAACUCAAAUCACUUAUGUUA